CGGCAGAUCGGCUGAAGUUCAGUGGGGUGGUAUUUGAGUAUACUCCAUGUCGUGUCUGUCUAUCUCUCAAUAGACGUCCUGCGCAUAACCUUUACUUUUGGCGGCCAAGAUGGACAACGCAACUCUAGCAUCGUUGCGGAGUCCGUUGAGAGGGCUGUGCCCGCCACCUUUCUACGAUGCCUCUCAAUUUGGCUUGAAUGGCUUUGUUGAUGGACGUUUCUGCGCGCAGGUCGAUUAUCGCGUGAAGGGUCUUAGCUGCUGUUUGCCUUGUCCAUUGACAGAUUAUUUGUACCCAGCAGAGUUUAAUACAUGGUACCGUGUCGCAGAAGCACUGAACGUUGCCGGUCUCAUAUGCAUGGUUCUCCUUUUGAUAACCUUCUUGGUCCUUCCUGCUGAAAAGACUCGCCGGCACUAUCUGAGUUACUGCCUCAUCAUCGCCGCCACGUUCAUGGCUCUUGGUUUCGUGAUUCCUUUCGGCGCACAGCCUGAACAGUGCUACGACGAGAUAACACCCAACGACAUGUACUCCAACUUGACUUGUGCCUUUUCUGGUGCAUUCCUCAUCUCAGGCGGUUUGUCAAUCGCGGUUUGGAUCUUUAUCCGUGCCUUGUCAAUGCACCUCCAGAUUUGCUGGGAUGUAACACCUGGAAAGAAGUUCUUCUACUGGGCACAAGGACUGGGUUGGACAGUUGCCGCGACAUUCUUCACCAUUACUAUCACUAUCACAGGAGUCUCCUAUCGCUUUGGCGACGUCUGUCACGUCAACUCGGAGCAUUCUAUGAAGGACUUUUGGGGCCCUCUCCUGGCCAUCUCCGGUGGUGCUAUGCUGAUCCAGAUCGCAACGUUCGUGUACUGUAUCAAGGUGUACCUCCAGAACAUGUGGAGUGAUGACAAGACAGAAACUCAAAGCAGUGCCGGACUCCCAUCAUACACCGGUAGCGUACGCACAAAGUCCGCCCGAGCUGUCUAUCGCCGUGUGCGCAAAGUGCUCUGGCUCCAGUGGAGAGGCAUCACCAUUGUUGUCUUCAUUCUGGUCGAUGUCAUCUUCUUCUCGAUCGUCUUCAUCUGGUUAAAUUCUAUCUCAUCGCAUGCGCUGGAUGACCUCGAGGAUCUUCAGCCCUACAUUCGAUGUCUUAUCAAAUCUCCCCUCAACCCAGAGCCGUGCUUGCAGUAUGGUCAGCAGCUAGCCAUCAACCAGGCAACCGUCAUUGCGAUCCUGAUGAUGUUAUCCAUCGCUGGGUUGCAAGUCUUCAUGUUGCUUCUCCGCUGGAGCAUGGUGACUGGAUGGAUCGAAUUCUUCAAGUCCAAGUUCAGCAAGAACCGCGAGUUUGUUUCCUUGGACGCCAAGAACUACCAGGAGAAUCCCAAGAACUACGAGUUGAGAAAAUUCGAUCAGACGGACCUCCAGUCACCACCACACGCCUUCUCUAGCCCGGACUCUGCUAAUUAUCGGGACGGUACACCAGACUACUUCCAGAAAGAGGUGGACAGGCCGUAUAGAAGCCCAACGCAGAGCUACUCAUCACCGAGGCCGUUCUCACAAGGCACAAUAGCAGCAUUUCCGAGCGGAGAAUGGGACCCGAGAAGUACACAUGCAAGAGGCGGCUUGGGCUUGCACCCUCCAAACUUCGACUCCAAGAUCUGAACGACCAUAACAUGAUUGAGGAUACGACCAUAUUCCAAAAGAUGUAUAGCAUCCACUAAAAAACACAUACGCAU